AUGGAACACAAAAUUAAGUUAAUGAUAUUUAUUAAGAUUUCUACGUUUAUAUUUUUAAGUUGGAAAUAUUAUUUGUGUACUUAUAUGAGUACGCAUAACAGAUCUUUGAUUAAAUUCUACAAUCAUGAUAAAAAAUUAUUUACAAGAAAUUAUCGUUUGCUGGAAAAAUAUAAGAAGAAUAUGAAUGCGGGUAUUAUAUGUUUAAAAGAAGAGAUACAAAGUGGAGUGAAUGAUAAAAAUGAUAUAUCUUAUUAUGAAAAAUGCAUCUUAGAAAAAAAGAAACAAUCCAAUGAGAAACUACCAAGAAAUGCAAGACGAUAUGAAAAAAAUGUGAAAAAUAAAUCUUGUAUACUUGUAACAAAAAAAUGUUCUUAUUUAGAAAAAAAAAUAUUCAAAGAACUGGAUUAUGUAAAUUUUCUUAAAAAUAACAGAACAUUGAGUGAUAAGUUUUAUAAAAAAAUAAUACUUAAAAAACACAAAUUACGAUUUUUUUUACCUUUAUCUUUAUUAUUGUUGUUAUCUGUAUCAAUCAUAUUAGAUUAUUCUAGUGAUUUGGGACUUGUGAGGGGGUUAUUUUGGAUAGUGAAUACGUGCUAUGUAAAUAAUAGUUGGCAAAGUAUUUUGGGUAAAUUGUUAAAAAAGACAUCACCUUUGAAUGAGAUUUUCAAAAUUAUUAAAAGUAAUAGUAAGGAUGCAAACUUAUAUGUAACAAGUUUAUUUUGGACGUCAAUAUACUGCAUAUCCUUCCUCAUGUUAGGCAUUACAAUUAUAUUAGGUGUUGUUUAUUAUCAUAAAAAAGUUAAAAAAUAUGAAGAAAUUAAGUUCAGGAAAAGGUAUAAUGAAUAA